AACAUAUUAUUCGCUCUCUCUCUCUCUUUCUCUGGUGUCUGGUGAGUGGUGACUGGUUCGAGGAAACGGAAGAUUCUAGUCUUCUACCCUCCUCAAUUCUCAGGCGAAGAUUAGUUUGGGAGGUCGUAUAACUCCAUUCCAAAUGUGAAUCCCUUUGUGCUCGAGGAGACGAUUGGAGAGAAUUUACACAUAUAUCGCACAGGUCCACCUGUGAUAUAUCCCUAUUUUGGUCAGUGGUACGUGAAGCAAAUCAGUCAAGCUCCAUGGCCUCAAUUCACCAUAAAAGCAGCAGCAGGAACAAGCUUCUACAGAACGAUAACAACAACUUUGCUAGUUUUGUAAAAUCUGCCUCCUCCAAUUUAUUUGCUCUCUUCCCCUUCAAUAACAACAACAGUAGAACCUAUAAUGCCAAGACGAUGACCUCAAAAGCGUCCAGUCCCCUUUGUACCUCAUCAUGUCCGUCCUCGUUUUCGUCUUCGACUUCACCAUUCGUAUGUCUGCCAUUCCUGUUCGCUGAGGCGCUACCGUCGCCAAUACUUUCUCUAUCUACAACGACCUUUUCCUCCUCCUCCUCCCCGUCGCAUCCGAACGAGAGCAAUUCCUUAUCUUCUGCUUCGGCAAUCAAGGGCAUGACUUCCGGGGGAUCGAGUUUCCCUUCCACUGUCAGAAUUGCCGGUCUCAACUCAAGUGCCAAGGGCGGUGGCCCUGCCUUUGUAGGCCAGGUUUUCAGUAUGUGCGAUCUCUCCGGCACUGGCCUCAUGGCUGUCUCUACUCAUAUCGAGAUUCCUUUCCUUUCUAAAAGAACACCACAGUGGAUGAAGAAAAUUUUUUCCAUGGUUACCAAAAGUGGGAAGAAUGGCCCUGUAUUCCGCUUUUUCAUGGAUUUAGGUGAUGCAGUUUCAUAUGUUAAACGGCUGAACAUUCCAACUGGCGUUGUGGGUGCUUGUCGUCUUGAUUUAGCAUAUGAACAUUUUAAGGAAAAACCCCAUAUGUUCCAAUUUGUUCCAAAUGAAAAACAGGUAAAGGCAGCCAAAAAACUCCUUAAGAAAAUCCCACAGAGAAAUGGAAGGAGAAAAGUAGAAGGUGUUCCUGUUUUCACUGCACAAAACUUGGACAUUGCAAUAGCCACAAAUGAUGGAAUUAAAUGGUAUACACCAUAUUUCUUUGAUAAAAGCGUCCUAGAUAACAUUCUUGAAGAAUCUGUUGACCAGCAUUUCCACACGUUAAUUCAGAACCGACACAUGCAGCGGAGACGAGAUGUUAUUGAUGACAAUCUGGCAGAAGUGGUUGAAGAGAGUGGAGAGAGCCUAUGGGAGCCUCCAGAGGUUCAAGAAGUACUGGAUGAGAUGGGUCAUCCUGGAAUACCUUUGAGUGUUAUUUCAAAGGCUGCUGAAAUGCAGCUCCUUCACACUGUUGACAAAGUACUCUUGGGAAAUAGGUGGUUAAGGAAAGCUACUGGGAUUCAGCCAAAGUUUCCUUAUAUGGUCGAUUCUUUUGAGGAAAGGAGUGCAGCUUCUUUUCUGAAGGCCGCGGAGUCUGCUAAUUCUGUUUCCGAUGCAAAGGGAGGAUGUGAGAACGAUGGACUUGAAUGGCAACCUGGGAGUUCCCUGAAAUUAGAGAGAAACCAAGCGGUUCAAGGCCAGAGAACAACAGAUCAUACAGAUUUUCGCUUUCCUUUUGCAGAUUGGUUCCAAAACCCAUGGUCGAGAAAACAGCAAAAACCAAAAAGCCAGAAGGAAUCAGACACAAGAAGGGAGGGUUUGAGCCAAGAAUGCAUUAAGCAAGAACCACCGCCACUGAGUCCUCUUCUCCCGAAGAUCACGAUGGUUGGAAUCUCAACAGGGGAGGGAGGGCAGAUGAGCAGAGCCAGUUUAAAGAAGACAAUGGAGGAUCUGACAAGGGAAUUGGAACAGACCAAUCAGAGAAGCAAUAGUACCAGUAGCACCGAGCACUGCAAUGAAGAUAGGGAUCCCCUUUUUGUGGCAAAUGUUGGUGAUUACUACUCCAGCAUGGCUAAAACAGGAUCUGCCCGAUGGGUACGUGCUGGGAACAGUUGAUGUACUGCACAAAGUUUGAAAAUCCGAUUCUUCUGUAGGCGGGAGAUAAUUCGACUCGGUAAAUUGCACCGUUUCAACGCGGCAAAGACGUGUCAGCAUCCGAGAUGUGCAGCGGAGGCAUCUAUUAAUCUGUGUCCUGAUCCGAUCACUGUUCAGAAGAGGUAAUAUCUGAUUACGAGACGGCGAAGGUCGUUUUCUUCGAGCUGAUUUUCUUCAUGGGGGCAUGUAAUUUAUCUUACCAAAAAGAUAAAAAAAUUAUUAAUAACAAAUUAUGGAACUGUGCUGGGAAUGAUUGCAAAUGGGUUAUGGGCCCCGUGUAUCAGGCCGAUGUGGCGUACCGGUUGGGCUAGUCCGUCAUUAGGUACAUUGUUGAUUCCCGAUAAAGGCGCAAAGCAGAAAAAAUAUCUGGUAGUUCAGAGUUUCAGACUUCAUACUUCAGAAGAGGAGUUUAAUUAACUAUCCCUUCUUUCUUUAUUACUUUGACAGUUGACAGGCGAUAAAAGGAGGUGAUGAUAUUAUGAUAAUGGUGCACGCAAGAAUUUUGCCGUCUAAUCAGGUUUACUUUUUGGCCUUUUUUACUUUUUAGAUCUUUCUGUUGCUUCUUCCGUUUAAUGUUUUUUUGCCACGUGGAAACUUUUCUUUAAUGGGACUAUGGCCCAUGUGACGGUUACUUUCCGUUCA